AUGCAAAUGGACAUUGUUCAUCAUCUCCAUUCCCACAAUCCAAAACUUCCCUCCUACAAAUUCCAUUCACAUUUCCAUUUUCCCCAACAGACUUGCCAAUCUCGCUUAGGAUUGCAACCCAAUGAAUUCCCAGAAUUGGCACUCAAGUUCUCAAGAAACAGGAUUCGACGCCCAUCUUCCGCAAGAAAAUGGAGAAAAUUUUCAGUUUCAGCAUCAAAUUCGCCAUUGGAUUUGACCGAAGAUAACAUAGAGCAAGUCCUAGCUGAUGCAAGAGUUGAGUUGGCACAAUUAUUUGAUGUUUCAGUUGGAAUAACGGGAAAGGCAGAAUUAGCCGACUUAGAUGGACCAUACGUGAAACUUCGUUUGAGUGGCAAAUUUUGGCAUAAAAGGUCUACUGUUGUAGCCAGGUUGGGCAAUUACUUGAAACAGAGGAUCCCUGAAAUAUUGGAAGUAGACAUUGAAGAUGAGAAGCAGUUGGAUGAUAGUCCCGCGAGUUUUUAA